CUUCUCCUUAUCCUGCUUUCAUAGGCUGGGAUAUCAUCCCUUUUCAUAAAAUGAAGGUCCCAAUGUGGGCAGAUGGGGGUACAUGAGGAAAGUUCGCAACCGCAUCAUAGGCAAAGAAAUAAAAAUAAUAGCUGCUUUCUUCCUGCCACCAUCCCCGCUUUCUCUAUAAUGAUUUGCAUCUGAGCCUUGAUGGGAAAGAGCUGUCCUAAAAAUAAACAGGAUCUGUCUGAAAGGUGUCUGGGGGAGGUAUUUGGCAACUGUCAGGCUGUCACGUAUGCUAGAAGGAUGGAGCUGAUGGACUUGCUGACACCAGACAGCCUCUGCUGAAAUGAGAAUGCCUUAUGCUCUCCUUGGCACUCACUGGGCAAAUCCUGUUGGCCAGAGCUCUCAGACCACGGUGUGUCUGGGGCCCGUUCCAGCUCUGGCUGCCGUCAAUGAGAGUCUGCCCUUGGAUGGCUCUGGGAAUUGGAUCAGACCCUUUCUGUACCCCUGAGACUCUGGCUUUACACCAGGGAUGAAGUUUGGCUCCCUACGAGAAUGUCACCCCAAUACAGAAGGAAUCACCAGGCCCUGGGCUUGAGUGUUUUUGCAGAUCUCUGAAAAUGAGAACCCUUGCUGAGGUACCUGAAUAUGGGGACCAGAGCCUGACUUUUGCCUUUUCUUGGUUAUAACAGCUUUAUCUCUCAGCUUCUCCAUCUCUAAUAGGGGUAGUGUUGUUCUGUCUUCAAGGUUAUUGGCAUUUUUGUAGAUCCAGGCAUCCUUAAAUGCUCCCAGAUCAUGACUGUGCUAAACGAAGUUCCUGUUUCCCACAAGGUGCUUAAUGAACACGUGUUGCACCAUCCUGCAGUCAUGGGGUGAGUUAACAAAAACAUGAAGGCAUGAGAUGACUCAUCUCAAGCCUUUGCAGCAACUCAGUGGCAGAACCAGGACCCAAGAAUCCCAAACCCCACCAAAACAAUCAUAUCAUUGGAGUCACCCAAGUUGAAAAGAAAAUGUUGCAAGUGGAAGCUUUAGUUCUCAACUGCCCACUGCCUGUGGUGUAAAUGAAGAUAUUUGCUGCUGUUCUUGGCAGACAUAAUGUGCUGGGGAGGGAAAAGGCAGGUGUGGAAGAAAGGUGGAAACCUCCUUGUUCCCCUAUGGGAGAGUGGACACUUCUCUUAUUCUCAAUGGGAGCUGACUGCUGCCUUAUCUGAAAAUCAGACUGUUUUGUUAUCUGCUAGGCAAGAACAGCUCCUUUUUAUUGAAGAGCAGACCCUGAACUCAACUGUCUUGCAGUGCUUUGGUCUGAAAAUACUGGUCUAUGUUGGGGAGAAUGGACAAGGGAAUUAAUGCCUGUAAUGUGGGCUGCAGAAAAGUUACCUACAAGAUAAGAGGGUGACUUGAUCUUUUUGAGAAAAAGAGAAAAAAAGGCUUCCUUAUCUUCAUGGUGUUUGCUCUGAAGUAUCAUCUUGUGACUGCCUGAGUCUGCCUUGCAGGAUCAGUCAAUUACAGCCUGUGGCUGACAUCAACUCCCUCCUUUCAGAGGUGGCAUUGUAUUUCCCAAAGUACGGCUGGUUCCUCUCUGUGCCACCUGUUUGCCUGCUGUGCCUGCAGCCCUGCGCUGCUGAUCCCACUCACGAGUUGCACAGGAUGCAAUCAGCCCUGCAAUUAGACAGCGAAGCAGAGGGAGAGGAAUUUGGGUGGAUGAGCCAUCGAGGAGCUCUCGUGAGUCAGUAUCAGAUAUCUGAGGGUACGAUGAGGAGUGAAUGAGUCCUACCCCUUCCGGAGGAUCCCAGAUUGUUUGUGAGCUGUGUGGAUCUCCUGAGGGAAUCUGCACUGCGAUGAUCAGAGGUGUUCACACAGCCAGGCUCUGGCUCAUCAGGGUGCUGUGGCUCUCCUCUGAGAGGAAUUUGUCACUGUGCAGCUGUACUUUUCUUCAUUAAAUCGGCCAUGUUAAAUAGCUGUGAGGUUGUUAGAUGCCUGCUUAGCUAACUGAUCUUCUCCCCAGCUGGCAGCUUUUUAGAGCAGGAGACAGGAGGUUGCUAAGCCCAUUCAUUUCUCACAUGCACCCACAUUUCUAAUGCCUGUGGAGAUCCAGCUUUAAAAGUCCUCUUCAAGCCACUGGAAUGAAGAGUACUUGGUGAAGACACUGUAAUUAUUAUGGGAUUUAGGGGUGUGUGGAAAUGAUUCAUGGAGCUGUUUCCCAGCCAGCAGGCUCAUGGAGCCCGGUGAGCUCUUCCCUGGAAUGUGAAGCAUGCAGCGUGGCAACUGGGAGAAACAGGUUUGGCAGGACGUUCGAAGCUGUUUGCAGCAGACAGCCUCUUCAGAGCCACAUCCCUGCUCGGCCGAUCUGGCAGCUGGAUGCUGUGCUCUGCCACAGCGGCCCUGCUGAGCCGGAGAGGAUGGACACGCUGCGCAGGAGCCUCUCCCGGUGGAAGAGGUACCACAUCAAGGUGCACCUGGCUGAUGAGGACCUGAUGAUGCCCCUGACGGUCAGGCCCAGGGACACGGUGAUGGACCUGCGGGCUCUCCUGGUACGGGAGGGCAUCACGUCCUGGAAGAAGACGUUUUAUUACAACUCCAGGCAGCUCGAGGAGCACGAGACUCUCAAAGAAGCCAAUAUCCAGAAUGGUUCUGUCCUCCUCCUUGUCAGCAAUAAAAGGUAGGCAAGGAGCUUGUCUGCCCGGGGGGACAGUGCUCGCUGUGUCUCAGCCCCUUGGGACACUUUCUUGUCGGGGUUUGCAGAAUGCAGACCAGGAACUCAAAUCCUGCCAAUUUCCAGCAGGACUGGGACUCCAGGCUCUUCAUAUCCAGACAUGCUGUGCUGUGAAAUAGGCAGAUCAGAGGAGGAAAUUCUGCUUGCUGCUUUGUGUCCUGUCUCUGGUCAGGUCUCAUUUUCCUGGGUAUGUGGCCAAGCACAGAGGGAGAGACAUUACAGGAAAAAGGGCAGGGGAGAUUGUGUGACCUGGGAGAGUGUCCUGGGAACCUCUCACUUUUCUUUCUC